UUGGCGUAAGUGGGGUGAGAAUAGAGUCACUUGCCUCCUCCCAUUAUAUGAUGAUAAGGUAAACGUACACUGCACAAUUAAGCAAUACAACAUUAUUCUAUCUCUCUUGAAAAAACCAUGGAAGACAGUAAGAAGCUCAACAUAGUUAUGUUCCCAUGGCUAGCAUUUGGUCACAUAAUACCUUACCUAGAGCUUUCCAAACAGUUAGCUACAAAGGGACACCACAUUUUCUUCGUUUCGACCCCUCGAAACCUCCAACGCCUUCCUAAAAUCUCCGAUAACUUAUCCCCUUUGAUCACACUAGUCCCUCUUCCGUUGCCUCGAGUCGAAAACCUACCAUUCGACGCCGAGGCAACUUCCGAUGUCGGGUUUGAGAUAGGAACUGAUCUUCUUAAGAAAGCCUUUGACGGUCUACAAGAACCCAUGACCAAAUUUCUUGAAUCAUGUUCUUUAGACUGGAUCAUCUAUGACUUCUGCUGCUACUGGCUUCCACCUAUUGCUGAUAAACUCGGCAUCCGAAAAGUGUUCUUCUCCAUAUAUUUUGCUAGGACACUUUCAGUUUUCCCAACUAAACAAAUGGAAGGGAGUUCGGGUGCUUGGACCGACCUCGGUAGCCCUCCACCGUGGAUUCCCUUCCCUAACAGCUCCGUCUAUUUUCUCCCGCACGAAGCGACAAGUAUAUUACACAGUUCAAACCAGAUAUCAUCUUCUGGUGUUUCUGACAUCUUUCGACUGCAGGGUAGUGUUAAGGGGUGUGAUUUGCUUGCAGUGCGCAGUUGCGCAGAGCUAGAAGCUGAAUAUCUGCAGCUUCUAGAAGAUCUUGAUGAGAAGAUUGUGUUUCCCUUGGGGUUACUGCCUCCCUCUUUGGAAGACGGCCUAGGAGAAGAAGAAGAAGAAGACACUUGGAAGUUGAUUACUGGUUGGCAGGAAAAACAAACAAAGGGUUCUGUUGUGUAUGUAGCAUUCGGGAGUGAGUUUGAACUGAAUCAAGACCAGCUUACGGAGUUGGCACUCGGGUUGGAGCUAUCCGAAUCACCAUUCUUCUGGGUGUUUCGGAGGUCUGCAACGUCUCCACUGGAACUACCCGAGGGGUUUGAGGAGCGAACACGAGGUCGUGGUAUGAUUUGGACUAGCUGGGCACCUCAACUCAGGAUACUUAGUCAUGAGUCGAUAGGAGGGUUUUUAACGCAUUGUGGAUGGAGUUCGAUUAUAGAAGCGCUUCAGUUUGGGAAGCCGCUGAUAAUGCUGCCAUUGGCUAUUGAUCAUGGGUUGUAUGCAAGAUUAAUGAGCCGCGACAAAAGGGUUGGGGUUGAGAUACCACGGAACGACGAAGAUGGAUCGUUUACAAGAAACUCAGUGGCUGAGUCACUCACACUUGUGCUCCAAGAUGAAGCUGGUAAGAUGUUUAAAGAUGAGGCACAGAAGUUGAGUGUCAUCUUUGCUGAUAAAAGUUUGCAUGAAAGCUAUAUUGAUAAAUUUAGUGACUAUCUUUGUAACUCCAAAUCUGCAACUUAGCAUAAUCAUGGAAAAAUAAUGCGUCAAUAAUGUCUUAGCUUAGUAGCAAAGACCAAAGAUCUAUGUACAAUAGGUUUUAAGUUCGAAUUUUCUUCCCCGGUUUGUAAUUUGUAACGCCUUUUAACUCUUGUACGUCGUACAACCAAAUUAGAAAGUAGGGCAAAUAAUGUUUAAGAAUAAUAGACACAUUGGUUCUAUC